CGGCUCACGUGUUUAUUUCAUGCCAUCAAAAUAAGCAAUUUCAAGUGAAACUUCAUGGAGAAAGUUCUUCAGCCAAAUGACAACCAUUAAAAUUUGAGCUAUAAAAAUGUAAAUUACCAAAUAACAAAUUUCGUGGAUUUCAGUGAGAACAUCGUUUCGAUUAAUCGACUCAUAAAAGAAAAUUCUAAAACACAAUAAAAAGUGAGUGUCCUUUUAUAUAAACAAUGGAGACAUUAUAUCUGUACUUGGAGUAAAGAAUAUAUAGCAGCGGAUUAAAUUGCACCGAACGUUUCUAUGAACUUUAAUACCAACAAAAUAAGGCAGAUUAAAUUUCAACUUAAAUACCUAGAGGAAAAUGACUAAAUGCUCGCCUCGUUUUAGGAGGAGUGUCUUUGUGUAUUGCCCAGGACACCCCUUUUCGUGUUAAAUGAAUAAUUUAAUUUAAAUUGCAAAAUGAAGUUAUGCCCGCGAAUAUGGAAGAAAACAAUUGAAAAUGGCGACACUUGCAAUAAUUUAAACAAAACCUUGCCCCAUUUUGUCAAGGGACAAAAGCCUCCAAGACGAAGGGGGAAGCGUAGACGUUGCGGAAACAGACACAACUCGGCGGCGGAUAACAAUAACAUUUAUGUAGCCAAGGUAAGCAUGGCGACGUUAACAAGAACAACCGCCACAAGUUCGGAUUGCGUUGCGAGAACAACACUACGGCCGUGUAAAUCAAAUACAAAUUGUAAAAGGAAACAAACAAUUCAGGGAACUUUUGUGAAAACCAUGAACAAGGAUAAAAUUAAAGAAAUAUGUUCUAACGACAACAGCACGACAACAUCCAAUAAGAAUGAUAAUAAAUGCUGCGCCAUCAGUCGGGGGGAGGGCAUUGCUCGAUGUGGUAAGGCUGGCAUCAGCAGGGGGAACAUGGCGAAUAUGACCUCGUCAUUAUUACCUCGAGCACAGGCAGCUUUUGUCAUAACCUCGAUGGCCCAACAUGCUUUGCCCAGAGCAGGAACUUGUAUUGCCGGAAACGGAAACUGCGAAACUGUUCAAUUAAAUUUAAAACAGAACAAACAAUACCAACUACACCAGCAUCGUUGCGGGCCAAAAACACAGUGGGCAGGCGAACAAAUGCUGGUGGCAAAUAAACAAUGCGACAAACACAACAAUCCUACUGCAGCUGAGAGUGCAACCGACCGCCUGUCAGGCGAACUAACAACGGCAACUGGGACAGCAACGUGCGCCCCAAAUACAAAGCCACUUUCGGCCAUAAUGGAGAAGAGGAGAAUAUCUGCGCUACCACCAACCCCGGGUGUGCCGUGGCAAGACCAUUGUCAGGACUCACCGCAAUCACCCUUAACAUUUUCAUCUUAUUGGUCGCACAAAAAACGCCUGCAAUUUCAUUCAUCAGCAGCAGCAGCAGCAGUGGUAGUGGCAACAGCAAAACCACCAAUAACAGCAACAAUAACAGCAGCAGCUUCUUUCGUUUACCCAACCCCAAGGAAUAAAUUGUUCCUUGGAAUGCUUAUCACGCUGCUGGUUCUCAACGUAUGCCACAAUAAUGUACCCAUGGCAUCGGCAGCCUCUGUUACGCUAUCAAAGGGAUCAAUACCAUCAUUCCCGGAACAAAGGAUAAUACUCUCGUCACCAGCAGCAACCACGACAACCAUAAGAACAUUGACAACGAGACCAGCUACCAGUGAAACUUCUUCUUCUUCUUCUUCAUUUGUGACAAGACAAGACCAACUACAAGACCAAGCGAAUUUGCCACAACAAAGCCAACGACUGCCAAUAUCAGCAAACCCGUUGUUGCUAAUACCCCAGAAUAAGACACAACCAACGCUAGUGGAGGAGGACAAAUCGAUGGCAGCCCCAAUUGAAGUCCUAGUUAAUCCGAGAGCUAUGGGUCACGCAUUGAUGGCGGCAAAACAAAAACGACAACAACGUGGAGGACAUCAACUGCCGCAGUACUUAACCUCGACUCAGGGAACAUCAUUUGGUCAGAAUGCCACAUCUUUGGAGGCAACACAUAGAAACUCUUUUAAAGGCACAUCAUUGGUUGGAGGGCGUUUAACAGUACCCAUGGAUGACUCUCAAAUGGUACAUCAACAGCAACCCCAACAAAAUUAUAAUCGUUCCAAUGGUGGCAUGAGUCUGGGUGGCUCACCAACGGAUGAUUUCAAUGAGCUGGUGCCAUUUCCCAAGAAAAGUUCAAUGCCAGUCUUCGACUAUGGCAUGCCUCAGAACAUUACAGCGCGCACUGGUCACAUGGAGGCUGUACUUAAAUGUCGCGUCGAUAGAAUCGGUGAUAAAUCGGUUUCUUGGAUACGCAAGCGUGAUCUGCACAUAUUGACUGUUGGCAAAACCACAUACACGUCGGAUAAUCGGUUUCUGGUGACAGAAUCCAAAGACUCCCGUGAAUGGACAUUACACGUAAAAUCACCCCAGGCACGUGAUAGUGGCAUAUACGAAUGUCAAGUGAAUACCGAACCCAAAAUGUCAAUGGCAUUCCAAUUAAACGUCAUCGAAAUAUCGCCCGAUGCUCAAACCAUUAUAACCGGGCCCAGUGAUUUAUACGUCAAGGUUGGCAGUGUCAUUACACUCACCUGCCUGGUGAGCCAACCAUCGAUUAAGGAUAUCGGCCCCAUUCACUGGUAUCGCAGUGAGCAUCUACUGACGCCAUUGGCGCUUAACGAUGACAAGGCACAAAGGAAUUACUUUGUCACACCUGCUGCCUUGACAAGUAAAACCGCAUCAUCGUUCGAUCAUGCGUCUGACGACACGGAUAUGUACGACAAUAACGUGGAUGACGAUGAACACAUGUCGCAAAAUGUAAAGGACGAAAUCACAUUGGAUUUCAGGCAACGUGUGGCCAUGGAACAAAAAUUGUGCGACACAAUAAAGUCAAAAUUACGAAUUUCGAAUGCUCAAAUAUCGGAUUCGGGAAAUUACACCUGUCAACCCACCACAUCCAGCAGCGCCAGUGUUACUGUUCAUGUUAUUAAUGAUGAAAAUCCCGCCGCCAUGCAGAAGGGAGGGACAGACAGUGGAAGGAAUUUAUGAGCUGCUGGUGUUGUUGUAUACUACCUUCUAUGUGGUUGUCAUGUUUUAGUGCAACUUGGCCAACAUUAUCGACAACAUCUGUAGCAUUGACAUUGAUAUUGUCGGUGCUGUGGAGGAAGAUGUUCAGGACAAACACUACAUGGCAUGGCAAUUUCCUAGAAGCACAAAUCUUUCAAUGGUAUACAACAACAUCAGCAGCAAAAAUUGCAAAACAAAAAAAAAAAAAAAAUUAAAUAAAAAAUAGCAGAGAUUCCAAUCAACAACCUUCACAAUCCCUGAUAUAUCAAAUUUCAUUAGAAGAUGCAAACAAUAUUAUGACUAAGGCGGAAGGCGUAUUUAUUCGAAUUUUACAUUCAUCUAAAUGUACUAUUCCUCCACUACCCCCUCCUCCACCCAUUAUCAUGUGUAAAUAUAUUUAACCAUAAAUCUAGAAUACGAUAAAAUACUUGAUUAUCUAACUGUAAAA